AAGUUAGAACCCUUACAAAUACAAACUUCUACAUGCAUAAUUGAGUACUAACAACUGUUUGAAUCUAUAUGUGUACACUGAACAAGAAAAAAAUAUGUCUUUUUAUAUCUGUCUCCGUAGAUAAAGGGGAACAGAAAAAAGAAGAAACCAGAACCAAACAAACAACAUUGAAUUAAUGAUAUUUUGGUUUUUGAGGAACUUGGGUGGAGCUGGAAGUUGCAAAGUUCUCAACUUUUUGAAUUUUAUCUGUUGAAUUUCAUUCAAUUUUGCAGCAUUAUUAAAAGAUUUUGUUUACAAGAUAUUGAAGAGUUGAUGGGUCACUUUUCAUCUGUGUUCAAUGGGUUGGCAAAGUCAUUAGCAAUGAAGAAAAGGAGUAAAUGUAGCGGGAGAGAAGCUGCUGAAGCAAUGGCAAAGGAAGCAAAAAGAAAUCACUCUAUACUCCAUAGUUCUGGCACUGUUAAUGUUGAUGGUUCAAACAACUUUGCCUCAAUUUUCUCCAAAAGAGGCAAGAAAGGAGUUAACCAAGAUUGUUGCAUAGUGUGGGAAGAAUUUGGAUGCCAAGAGGACAUGAUAUUCUGUGGGAUUUUUGAUGGGCAUGGUCCUUGGGGUCACUAUGUGUCAAGAAGUGUAAGAGAAUCAAUGCCAUCAUCUUUGCUAUGCAAUUGGCAAGAGACACUUUCACAAACUUCACUUGAUCCAGAUGUUGAUUUAGAGACACAGAAAAAACAACAAAGGUUUAAUAUAUGGGAACAUUCUUACUUGAAGACAUGUGCUGCCAUUGAUCGUGAACUUGAGCAGAAUCGCAAGAUUGAUUCUUUUUUCAGCGGAACAACUGCAUUAUCAAUUGUUAGACAGGGUGAACUGAUUGUGAUUGCAAAUGUUGGCGAUUCUCGCGCAGUUUUAGCUACAACAUCAGAUGAUGGAAAUUUGGUUUCAGUUCAGCUAACAAUAGAUUUCAAGCCCAAUUUACCUGAGGAAUCG